AUGCCCGUUGUCAAGGGAGGAGUGUGGACCAACAUCGAGGAUGAGAUCCUCAAGGCGUCUGUGUCCAAGUAUGGGCUGAAUCAGUGGGCGCGAGUGUCUUCGCUGUUGCCGCGCAAGUCGGCAAAGCAGUGCAAGGCCCGAUGGAGCGAAUGGCUGGAUCCGAGCAUCAAGAAGAUUGAAUGGAGCAAAGAGGAGGACGAAAAGCUGCUGCAUCUUGCAAAGCUUAUGCCAACACAAUGGCGCACCAUCGCCCCAAUCGUCGGCCGCACUGCGAACCAGUGCCUCGAACGCUACCAGAAACUUCUUGACGAAGCCGAGCAGCGGGAGGCCAGCGCCUUUGGCCUGACGGGACCCGAAGGCGGCGAGACGCAAGCUCCCACAGCAGAAGAUGUCAGGAAAUUGCGCCCCGGCGAGAUCGAUCCCGACCCCGAGACGAAACCCGCGAAGCCCGACACCAUUGAUAUGGACGAGGAUGAGAAGGAGAUGCUGAGUGAAGCUCGUGCUCGUCUGGCCAAUACCCAGGGCAAAAAGGCGAAGCGCAAGGCCCGAGAGCGGCAGCAAGAGGAGUCCCGCCGCCUUGCGGCCUUGCAGAAGCGCCGUGAGCUCAAGACGGCCGGGAUCAACAUCAAGGUCACUACCCGCAAGCCAGGUCAGAUGGACUACAAUGCCGACAUUCCUUUCGAGAAGGCCCCAGCCCCCGGUUUCUACGACACCAACGAUGAACAAGCCCGCAAUGAAUUUCAGAGAGCUGCCUUCGAUCCCAAGAAGCAGCAGAUUGGGAGCAAACGCAAGGGAGACGAGGACGAGGACCCAAAUAGCAAGAGGAGAAAGAAUGACAAGGAUGGCACGUCUGCAGCGACACAAGCGGCACUCAAGGCCGGACAAGCCCAGAAGAUCCGGGAAGCAGAACGGAGCAGUAAACGGCGCGCACUGAACUUGCCGGCGCCUCAAGUCAGCGAGGGAGAGCUCGAGGACAUUGUGAAAAUGGGUAUGAUGGGUGAACGCGCAAACUUGCUAGCCCAGUCGAGCGAAAAUGACGCCACACGCGGGCUUGUCAACACAUACUCGACGUUAACUGGGCAGACGCCGAUUCGAACUCCUAUGGCGCCACCACAGGAAGAUCGGGUUGCCAAUGAGAUUAGGAACAUUCGGGCGCUGACCGAGAAUCAAUCAGCCCUUCUCGGAGGAGAUAAUGCAGAGCUCUUUGAGGGCGCCUCCUCGACAGGUUUUGAGGGUGCUACACCACGAAAGCAGGUUAUGGCCACACCGAAUCCUAUGGCGACACCUCUGAGAAAUGGAGCCAAUGGUGUCUUGGCCACACCUGACCGUGUCGGUCAGACGCCUCUUCGGACACCGCGAGAUUCAUUCGCUCUCAACGCCGCAGGGGAGAUGCUACCACCGACGGGAAGUGACGCGAAGAGGCAUCAGUUGGCAAUAAGGAACCAACUUCGGAGCGGACUCGCAUCCUUGCCGAAGCCCAAGGAGACAGAAUGGGACCUUGAGCUUCCCGAAGAUCAACAGGAGCCUACAACCGUCGAUGACCUGCCGGAAGACUCGGAACUUCGCGACCGAAGAGAGCGCAUGAUCCGGGAGGCGCAAGAGGCGCUAGAGCGGCGGCGUCGGACCCAGGUGAUGCAGAAGGAGUUACCGAGGCCAGAACGUGUAGAGCUCUCAACAUUGCUGGAGAGUGCUGCAGCUCUGGCGGAUCCGUUGGAAGCCAUGGUGGCAAAGGAAGCAGCUCUGCUUAUUGCUCACGAUGCAGCCCGAUACCCUCUCGUCAACUCUGCUGUUGCAGCGAAACAAGUGCCCCUGCAACAGAUUGACGACGACGCUCUGGCUCAAGCCCGUCUUCAGAUUUUGAGUGAGACGAGAGGAGACAUCAAGCCUGCCGAAGUUGAGGCGACAUUCAACCGAGAGAACAGCAACGCCAUCCUCUUAGGACUCGGCUGCUACGAGGACGAUGACGACGAGGAGGAGAUUGCGGCGAUGAAGUCCGCCUUAGCAUCUGUCCAAGAGUCCACCAUGGCUACAGUUGAAAAGUCUGCCAAGCUCGAGAAGAAGCUCACGCUGCACCUGGGCGGGUACCAGCAGCGCGCGAAGAUGCUGCGUGGGAAGAUGGCCGAGGCAGCCGAGGCCCUGGAAAAGGCUCGCGCCGCGCUCAGCGCGUUCCGCACGCUCUCCAUCUCCGAGGAGAUCACCAUUCGCAGCCGCCGCGAGGCUCUGAUGGAGGAGGUCACACACGUCACGCGCCGCGAGCGCGAGGCCCAGGAGGAGUACCGGCGCAACAGGGAGGAGCUGGACGCGCUUGUCGCGCAGGACGGAGUGAAUGGGUAUCAUUAG